AUGGAGUAUGGAAAAACACAAGAUCAAGAAACGAUUGGGGGGCGGGUGGCCAACACAGAUCAAGACUUUCGUGAAGAUUGCCUGAAGUACCACAACCUGUACCGCGCCGAUCACAACGCUGAUGAUCUGACCUGGGAUGAGAGAUGUGCCGAGGAGGCCCAGAAAGCUGCUGAACGACUGAGAGACCGAGGAGAUGGACAAAUGGAGCACACCAGCCGUGCUGGCCGCACCUGGAACGGCAAGGCCCAUGGUGAGAAUCUGGCGUACAUAACUGAUGCCACUCCAGAGACAGUCAUCGAGUACUGGUAUGAGGAGAGGAAUGACUAUAAUCCAGCCAACCCCGUCAGAAGCUUUCGUAAUGAUAAAGUCGGUCAUUUUACUCAGAUGGUGUGGAAGGCGACCAAGAAGGUUGGCUGUGGUCAGGCCGGUGACUUUUUCGCCUGCAUGUAUGAGCCAACUGGAAACCAUCUCUCGACUGCGGCCUUCCGCAGAAACGUUGACCCUUAACUUCACAAAACCCAAUUGAUUUAAACGUAUUUCUUGUAGACGAUCAGCAAUCUCAGAAUACAUUCUGUUACGUACCCACGUUGUUACCGUUCAAUGGGCGAAACUUUGCUUUUAUUCGCCAGAUAUUUGUAAGGCCGUGUUGAGUUGAUUAUAUGGAUGACAUCCGCGCGCGCAUCAAAUUUCGGCCGUUUCCAAAAAAUUAAAAAAAGAAGUUGUAAAUCGUACAAAACAGCUUCAAAAUGCUUUGCAUAAACAAAUAUCAGAAAACUUAUACUACUGUCACAGAAUAUUCAUAGAAGAUGUGAAAGAACAAAAAUGGAGAAUAUGUUGUCUGGUAUACUUUACUCUGUGUGUUCAGUCAUUUGUUCAGCCUUCCUGGCCACAUAGAUAUCAUAAUGAAGGCAACUUUUUUUGGUCAAACCUUUUUUUUAUUCGCAUGCUCGCAUCAGGUUUUGGGUUCCCAGAGGAUGUCAUCCAUAUAAUCAAUUCAACAUGGCCUAAUAGAAGAACAUAUUACAGGUUUGAUAGUUUCUUUUGCCGUCUUCGUCACUAGAGUAGGCAAGCAAAGCAAGGCAAAGUUUUUUUUUAUAUAUCAUUGAAGAGGUCAAGAUCUCAUACUUAAUUCUUAUCUAGGUAUCAGUAGACACUGAGUGUUGUUUUGAUAUUACUAACUACUGCAUUAGGAACUAAGACAAUAUAUGUGGUGCAUCUGGA